AUGGCGGACCCCUAUCCCGGACUAGCACAGAACCUGCUCAACGUCGACUCGGAAGGUUGUCCAGCUCCUUUCAUCGGCGAGUCGUUACAUCCCUACAGAGGUGGAUUCCGCGAAGGCAGAAACUGCGCCGUAAACCCUCUCGUUACCACGCCGAAUGCUUCCCGAUGUUGCAUACCAUGUCCCGUGUACGACUACACAUACAGAUCGGACUUCCGACGCCUGACAGAUGGCGCAGCCUGGGUUCACCUCGCGGGCUUCAUCCUGUGCAGCUUCCUGCUCAUAUCCCACAUCGUACUCCCUGCCAAAGUCACCAGAAGAGCAUACAUCAACAUGAUACUUCUCGCGGGCAUCAUGGUCCUCGAGCUAGGAUUCAUUAUCCCUCUUGCGCGCCAGCCACCACAAUGCUUCGACGCCGUCACACCCAACGGCAUGCAGAGUAACCGUACAUGCGCAGUGUCUGGCGGAUUCGCAGCCCUUGGUGGCAUGACGCUGGUCAGCUGGGUCCUGGUCCGCGCUCUCUUCAUGCACCUGCAAAUCUGCUGGAACAUCGUCAUCGACGGGACAUACUACCUCGCCGCCAACAUCAUCACCUGGUCCACCGUCAUCGCCCUGACCACCGCCGUACUCGCUCACGUCGGCGUAUCCUUCCGCUUCGGAGGCUAUUGCCACGUCAACGUCGGCAGCUUCUCAACCUACUGGGGCUGGCUCCUCGCCUUCGCCGGCCUUUCCCUCCUCCUCCAACUCAUGACCUUCGCCUACUGCGUCAAAGUCUACCUCAGCGCCGCCUUCUCGGGCCGCCAACAACUCACCUCAUCCAGCCAGGACGCCUCCAGCUCUCUUGCCGGCACGACCAAGUCCCGCAACGCCCUCGUCGCCGCCCGCAGACUCCGCUCCGUGCUCCUCCUCCAAUGGCGCUCCCUCCUCAUUGUCACAAUCGCCAUUUUCACCACUGCCUGGAUCUCCAUCAUCUUCGUCUACUUCGAUGAUCUACUCACUCAGAAAGCAUUCGCCGAGACCGACGAGCUGAUCCCCUGGAUCCUGUGCCUCAUCGCCUCGCAGGACGCCGCGCGAUGUGCGCACUUGGCGGGCGCGUUUGUCAUUUCGGAGGAGAUUGCAUUGGCGACAUUGUACAUCCUCGCAUUGGUGGGUGUGGAAGCAUUCUUUCUGCUGUUUCGGAGGGAGAUGAUGACGGCCUGGGUGGAAUUGGUUAAGAAACUGUUUGGCAAAAAGGACAAGCGGAGUUCGGGAGAGGUUGACGUGAACGGGGCGCGGACUUGGGGUUUCAAGCGUGAGAGUGGUGGGCUUGGGAGCAAGCCGAAUGGAGUUCUUGGGAACGAGCAAAGUUCAAGGGCGAGUGAUGAUGGGGAUCAGAGAGAGAAGCUUGGUGAGAAGGAGGCGCAUGUUGGAGUGGCCAUGUAG